UUCCUCGGAAGCAAUCGACUAGGACACAUAUCUCACCUUCUAUACCAAAGUGUGAUAAAGAAUAAAAAUCUGAAACUACUCUUCGCUUCGGUCACUUUUAAUUCCAUCCCAGUUCACGAUUGUUAACCGAAGCAACGAUGGGUGCAACGUAGGAGGACCAGCGCAUACGUUCUCUCCGUGUAACGAACAAGGCCGUUUGACGGACCUUUGGACGCAUUAAUCGGGAUUGCGCAAGUGACGUCACUGGUACGCUCGGUUGAUGAUAUUGAAGUAGCUUAUUCUUUGUGACUUUGAGGCGAUGCCCAUACCUACGCCACACCGUGGGUAUCGUACUUUUGCGCCAGCCAGUCAGCGAGUGUGACCCUUUUGUCUCUGUCAAGCGGUUGUGCGACUCCUGUCGUCGUCCCGAAGCUCGACUACCGCUGUGGCUUUUGAGGAAGCGGGAAUCUUUGGAGGAGAUCGGCAGGGAUUGAUCCAGAGCUUUUUUGAAGGAGAGACGUCUUACAGAGGGCAGUAUGAACCUCGAGGAGUAUCGGCAGCAUGGCAAAGAAAUGGUGGACUACAUCGCGGACUACCUGGAGAACAUCCGCAAGCGACGGGUGUACCCAUCUGUGUCACCGGGUUACCUGAGGAACAUUCUGCCCCAGUCGGCGCCAGUCGACGGCGAGCCUUGGGCCGACAUCUUCGACGACAUUGAGAAGUGCAUUAUGCCUGGCGUCACCCACUGGCAGAGUCCCCACAUGCACGCUUAUUUUCCAGCGCUCAACUCGCCGGCCAGUCUACUCGCCGACAUGCUGGCUGAUGCAAUUAAUUGCUUAGGUUUCACCUGGGCAUCGAGUCCAGUAUGCACGGAACUGGAAACGAUAGUGAUGAACUGGCUGGGCAAGAUGAUCGACCUGCCAGACGAUUUCCUGCACCAGGCUGACGGUUCAGGCGGUGGAGUCAUUCAAACCACGGCCAGCGAGUCGACCCUGGUAUGUCUUCUUGCAGCGAGAACUAGGGCUAUCCGCGACGUCCAGGAGAACGAUCCAGACCUACUUCCAGCCGAGAUCAACUCCAGACUCGUAGCUUACUGUUCGGACCAGGCACACUCGAGCGUGGAGAAGGCUGGACUCAUUGGAUUAGUGCGGAUGAGGUACAUCGAUUCUGACGAUAAUCUCAGCAUGAGGGGUGAAAAACUGGCCGAGGCUCUGCAGCGCGACCGAGAGGAAGGCCUUGUGCCCUUCUUUGUUUGCGCAACACUCGGUACUACAGGAGCUUGUUCAUUCGAUAAUGUACAAGAAAUUGGUCCCAUAUGUGAAAGGAAUGGACUGUGGCUACAUGUCGAUGCUGCAUACGCCGGCAGCGCCUUCGUUUGUCCGGAAUUUCGUAGUUGGAUGAAAGGUAUCGAGUAUGCCGACUCCUUCGCCUUCAACCCAAGCAAAUGGCUCAUGGUUCAUUUUGAUUGCACAGCUAUGUGGGUAAGAAAUAGUCAAUCUCUGCACAGGACCUUCAAUGUCGAGCCCAUCUAUCUUCAACAUGAAAAUUCAGGACUCGCAAUUGAUUACAUGCACUGGCAAAUUCCUCUGUCCAAAAAAUUCAGAGCACUCAAACUCUGGUUCGUGAUUAGGAACUAUGGCAUUACGGGUCUUCAAAAACACAUAAGAGAGGGAGUUAGGUUGGCACAGAAAUUCGAAGCUCUAGUACUCGCUGACUCGCGUUUCGAGAUCCCAGCUGCCAGGCACUUGGGUAUGGUCGUAUUCCGACUGCGCGGCGAAAAUUCACUGACUGAGCGACUGUUAAAGAAAAUGAACUCACGGGGUAGAGUGCACUGCGUGCCUGCUGCGCUUCACGGGAAGUACGUCAUUAGGUUCACCGUCACGUCUACUAACACCACUAAUGAAGACAUACUGCGGGAUUGGGCGGAAAUCAAGAGCACGGCUACCGAGAUUUUGGGAUCCGGUACUAGUUCUCCUUCGAGGGCAAGAGUUUCGUUGGCAGAAACUCGCGAGAAAAACGAAAAUUUUGGCUCGAGCCUCCUGCUGGCCAAUUCUCCGAUGUCACCAAAAAUAGUGAACGGCAGUUUUGCCGCCAUAUACGAUGCGGCCGACGUCUUCAACGAGUGCAUGAAGACUUUUGGCCAGCUUCGUAUGGAGGCUCGGGAUAGUCCAGCAAUGCGACGUCGUAUCCGUGGAAUACUAAUGUCGGGGAAGCAGUUUUCACUCGACUCUCGCAUGGAUUUGGUUCAGGUGAAAUGUCUGCAGGGGUACGCAUCCUGUGCUCGUCCGCUGUCCGAGCCAUGCGCGAAUCUACUGCAGGUGAAGGAGGACGAAGACUACGUCGGUAAGAGCGAUUCCACUCUGAGCAUCGACAAGUCGGAAUCCACAAUCGGAGACUCUUGCGCGAGUCUCGAAAAUCACUUAGGUUCUCAGGAUAGCGACGGCAAGAUCGUCAACGGCUCGACCUACGACAAGUUCCAGCGCUUCAAGGAGUCCGAGGAGGAUGAGGAGGUGGAGAACAGUCUGGUGGACAUUGGUAAUUCCGUGAUCAAGACCGGCAUAUCCAAGAGCGAAACCAUCGGAGCCAUCAACAGUUGCUUCAGUAACGUCAUUGCCGAUGGUGGCACGUUGACGAUGACUCGCUUGAACAGCGAAAAUCUCAUGGAGAGUGCAGAGCUCUGCCGAAAAUGCGGUCAUUACGUAAAGCAGCAAUAAAUGAAAAUUCAGGCUUCUCUGGCUCCUUUCCAAAUUCUUUCACGGAGUAUUUUGCAUCAAGUUUGUCACGAGACUUUCAUCGCGUGUAGUUUUUGCGAAGAAUUUUUUUUGCGAGAUAUCAACGACGUACAAAAACAAGGUAUAUUUUUGGAGAGGAAUUAACAUAAUAGAGCAUUUUUUAUAGAAGCAAAUUUAGUCCUGCAGAUAUUGAGACACAUCGUAUACUCCGGGGUAUCGGAAAUAAUAGUUUUUGAAUAUCAUGACAAUGGCUAGAUGUACUUGGUGUAAAAUACUUUCGAUGACGUUUUAAAAGAAUGAAUUGAUGCUGCAUAACGGCUUCGCGCGUUUCUCUUUUAAUUAGCAAAAUAAGAAAACUAUUGAUCUGUAAACAAAGAUUAUCGCUUGUUAUGUUUUUGCAAGAAACUUGUAAAAAAUAUAAUUUUAAUUCAACAAAUUUGUUCUCCUUAAUUAUGAAUUGUUGUAAUCGUUAAUUAAUACAUGGUUAAUCAAAUAAAUAGUUUUAAACAAAAAUGUACUGAAAUAAAUCCAUAAUGAGUGGGUUGUAAGACGUAAAAUCAAAGAUGGUCAUGUGAUUACACAUUUUGUUACCAAUUGAUGAAUUACUAUUCUCACACAUUAUGUAGCUAGUUGUUAGUUACGUGUAAAUGUAUUAUUUUCAUUCAAGAGAUCUUUUCCUGAAAGAGCAGAUAUGUCAUCAUAGAAGUGUGUAAAAUAAUAAACAGAUUAAAAAAGUAUUAAUAAAACUCCAGACAAAGGG